AUGUGGCGGUGGAAUUUGUUCGUGGUGCCGCUGGAGGAAAUGAGCGGAUGCAUCCGAUCGGUGUAUUCGAUCUACUCGGAGAAGUAUCUUGGCUGCAAGGCGAGGGUAAGAAGUGUAGAGCGAACGAGCACGAUCUCGAGCCGCUUCGCUGCCUGUUUUUCGGAAGCGACGCGUACGCCUGGGGGCUGCUUCUCUCCUACGUCAUGCUGGUCAACGAGAACCCCAACGAAUCCUUCAACCUCCAGUUCCUCCCUCUCUGUUUCCCCCGUUUCUCCCUUUUUCAUUCUAGCUCUCUCCUGCUCGCUCACGCAUCUCCUCGCCGCGCAGAGCCCUCAGUUCGCCUCUUCCGUCCACACCUUCCACCAGUUCAUUACCGCGCUCGCUUCUUCGCGCAGCUGCGAUGGCCAGAAAGGGCUCUGGAGCAACUACCACAUCGCAGAGCAGCUCGACAUGCUGCUCCGCGCGGACUACACCUCCCUCCCUGUCGCCGUGAAGGAAGCCUCCAUCCAGCGAAGCGGGAGCGAGCCGUCUGGCGUGCUGCAGGACGCGGCUGUGCUCCGAUUGCUCAGCAAUGACCACGGAAACGGAACGAAACUGCGCGUGCCGUUUUUGUCGACGGUGUCGAUCGGCUCGCAGCUGCCGUUCUCGCGGAAGCUGUACACACACUUGCUGAAGCGGCUGCAGGAAGAAGAGAACUCGGUCGUGCUGCCGAAUCUGUUUAAUCUGUUCCCCACGAAGCCGGAGAAGCCGUUUGCGGGACUGCUGGAUUAUUGGCUGUUGGACGGAGAGCAGAAGCAAUGCUCGGUGAAGGCGCGCGAUGUGGUGGAUUUGGUGGUGAUUGAGAGACUGCCGCAGACGGAGGAUUACGAGGGAGAACGCGGGUUCUCGCUGUCGUUGUCGGUGCCGUUGGCGAAGCUGACGAAUAAAAAGAAGAAGGUGUUUACGGGGAAGUAUUCGUUCCAGGAAGCGGAGAGAGACGAGGCGACGCAGACGUUUUCGUGCGUGGUGGGGAAGACGGUGGUGACGAUGAACGAUCCUGGAUGUGUGUUUAUCGACAGCGUGGAGUUCGGGAAUGUUACGUUUAUGACAGUGUCGAAUCGCUAUUUCUCGCGUGUCAAAUCCUUUCCGCUGAAUCUUCCGUUCAGCUCUUAA